UGUUGAAUGUUGUAAUAAAAAAAAAUUAUAGUUUUCUUAAUUUUAUGGAAUUUAUAAGAUUUAUGUUCAUUUUAUGUUCCCAACAAACUUUUUUACAAGUUGAGUGACUUUGAGGAGAUGGAGUCGCCGCCUUCGUUUUCUACUCACUCCGAGGCGCCUCCGCUGAGCGAAGACAGUGGUCUGCUGAUUACAAGUGGCUCGUUUUCUAGUGAUUCCGCGAGUGGAUGGCAUCAUAUUGCAUCCGAGCAAAUUUGCCUCUGAGAAUUUGUACAGCUAUAAAUACAGUUGCAAGAGAGCGAUUUCGAUGAGCGGUCGUUGUCGCUCUGCGAGUCAACGGACGCUUCGGAACGCAUGUGCGGUGAUUUUUUUAAUACAGUGAAGAAAGGGCCUGGUAAAGUCAUCGUCACUGCCAUCGAACCCCCUCCUGAGUUUCAGGAUAAUCCGGAUACAAGUAUAGAUUGUAUACCCGCUUUUGUGGGCUCACCUAUUAAAUGUUUGGCUGUGUGCGUGCCUCCAUCAGUUGUUUUUACGAACAAUAUUAAUAAAUCAAAAUCAUCGAGCUUAGAAGUUGCAAUGACCACUAGCCACGCGUCGCCGCUGUAUCCGAGGAAAUUAAAACCCGAGUCGCUUUACGAACGCAGGCAGUGUCUUAAUCACCGAUUCGCGAGUCCGAGACUUUUACAUCUCAGUCCGUGUCGAAUUAAUAGACCCUCCUCUAGGAAUUCUCUUUCUUCACGACUUUCCAGUAGUCAUAAUUCCCUCGUCACCCAGUUUCAAGCGGACGACUCCAGCUUCAUUACGCAGGCUAUAUCGCACGACACGUUGUCUGCGAAAACUUCCGACAUAACUGACAUGUACAAUGUCCCCUUCGACAGUGAUAUAUAUGCGGUUCCCAUUGAUAUGGUUCGGCCUAGUCACAGUAAUGUAAGAGGCAAGGGGAAAAAGCCGCAGAGGAAUAAUAGAAGGCGUGGGAAGAGUUGUUCUCAGAGCACAAGUGUUAAUAGCGUCGCGCCAGACAGAGGCUACAAGUCCAAGGAAACGAGACACAGAGACACCAAAACUAAAAGGCAUAGCUUGCCCAGUUCGUCUUGCAAGAAGAACGUCACCGAUUCGGAUACCGACUCGCUCCAUUUGACUUUACGUGAGAUGAGGAAGUACCUCCAUACAUUGUACUCAAGUUCCAGCGAUUCUGAGUGUCGAAAUACGAUUAAUAAGAAAAGCAACACAAUAAUAACCAACGUCGGUAUUCAUAUGCGCCACGGCAACAAAGAUACUGGCACAGCCGUAUUUCUAAAAGAGAGCAACGAUAUAUCUAGAACGGGGGAAACGAACAAUAAUCAUAAGAAAGCGAAUAAAAAUACAUUGAGUAUGAAUUCCAAAAAUAAGAAGCAUAAGGAAAAUAUUCCAAAGGAUUGUAGUAUUAUAGAAGAGAACAAAGAUAAGGGGAAAAAGGGGAAUCAGGGUUUGAAAGUGAAGAUGUCUCCGGUUCGGAUGCUAUCAAUGAACUUAAAGCAAAGUUUCUGCAAUCUAUUUCGGUGGCGGAAGUCGAGUGACAGUGACAGUGUGGAGAGAAUCGGAAGGGAAUCUCCCCCGGCGGCUGUUCGUAGAGCCCUUCCGCCGUUGCCGCAGUCUCCGCACCCAUCGAAUUCCCGUCGCUCGGCCAACGAAGAGGACACAAUUAUGGACUUUGCUACCUCGAUCCAGAGAGUUAAGGAUUAUGGAUGGUAUUGGGGACCGAUUUCGGUGGAGGCUGCGGAGAAGAUACUGUCUAACGAGCCUGAUGGGUCAUUCAUAGUUCGGGACAGCAGUGACGACCACUACAUCUUCACGCUCACCUUCAAGCUCAACGGCCUGAGACACGUCAGGAUAGAACACGAUCAGGGUAACUUCUGCUUCGGGGGCUGUACGAUGUUCAAAGCGCAGACUAUUGUGGAAUUCAUCGAGAACGCAGUGGAGACGUCGCGCAGCGGCCGCUAUCUGUUCUUUCUGAACCUGCGCCCAGUGCUCGGCCCUGUCAGAGUACAACUGCUGUAUCCAGUAUCCCGAUUUAAGCGUGUGCAGAGCUUACAGCAUAUGUGCAGGUUUGUUAUUCUAAAGUACGUGCGGCGUGAUCUGAUUAGCAGCCUGCCGCUCCCCAGACGACUCUUAGAUUACCUGAGCGCCACCCACUACUAUUCGGAGCUUCUAGCUGAGAUUUAAGUAAAUGCUUGACCGGUGACUCCUAUGUAAAUGAAACGAGUCUUUGUCAUAGGCAUAGCAAAGUGAUGAGGACAAGUGGGCUUAGCUCACCCCUCAAUUUGAAUGAAUCGCUUAUUUAAAAUCAUACAUCUAUUAUAAUGUAAGCGCCUUAAAGACCUUGGUCUUUUCUGACACUUUCAACAAUUCGAUCUUGUUAUAUCUUCAUGCUCAAAUUGGAUUUUGAGGUUCACUCAUCGAACUGUGAUUAUGUUUGGUCGAGCGAGUGAUCAAAAUCUGUCCCCCUCCCAGUAACUCUAUCAAUUGCUAUGGCUAUGGUCUUAGUUGUAGAUCUGCAUUCAUGAUACGUCCAAUAUAUAUUCUCUAUGGCUUAUGUACGGUUCCUAUAUUAAUAACCGAAUCAUUUUUGCUUGUAAUUGCUAAUUAUUUGUACUAUUUGUCAUCAUUAAAUCAUCGUGGACCACUACGUUCUGCGGUCGGCGAUAUCUGGUCGAUUUCAUUUAUAUUAAUAUAGGAACCGGCCUUUAUUACCGUCAUUCAUUUAAGUUUCAUAUUACUGAGUGGUUUAAGAUAGUGACCUCAUUGAAACGUUAAAAUUGUUUCAUUUUAACCAAUUAAAAACAGACGGAAUAUUUUACAAGUAUCUUCUUACGUUGAUUGAAAGGAAAUUUUGUUGACUAUACAUUCGUCAUAGAUGAUAUCACUUGUUUUUGAAAUGAUUUGUUCUCAUCUUAUUAUAAAUUUAGUUUUACGCUUAUUCAUAUAUUAAUAGUAUACUUAUAUUUGUAUAAAUAAACGUUGCGUAUGCCGUCUGUACAUAUAUAGUUUAUCCAUUUUGGUUUUCUUACAUUACAACCAGGCUGUGGAACUGAGCAGUAUUAUAUUGUAAUCAAAUCGAACUGUCUUGAUACUUGCAAUAUUAUUUCAUAGAACUAUGUAUGCCUAAUUAAAAAUGCUCGAUUGUAAUAAAUAUGUUCGGUAGUGUUUUUUCUAUUAGAUUACAAUGAUUUAUCUCUCAAAAUAUCGGUCGUUUAGA